GGUCCCAGUUUGAAGUUUUCGAGGCCUCGACUGUUUCCAGAGAUUUCAAAACAGAAUCUGCUUCGACAUCGGAAACCGGCACCAAAAUGCACAAAUUUUACAAGUUUUCCCCCGGAAUCGGCAUUUAUUUAACGGUUCUAGUGUGUCUAAUUAGCAGGACCAGUUUGGCAAAUGAAAUCGAGCUCCCGAAGAAUUUCGUCGCCAGCUCUUCCCACACGAACAACUGGGCCGUCCUGGUGGACACUUCACGCUUCUGGUUCAACUAUCGGCAUAUUGCGAACGUGCUGUCGGUUUACCGUUCCGUGAAGCGGCUUGGAAUACCGGACAGCCAGAUUCUGCUGAUGGUGGCCGACGACAUGGCGUGCAAUCCGAGGAAUCCGAGACCGGCCACGGUGUUUAAUAAUGCCAAUCAGCACAUAAACGUGUACGGAGCGGACGUGGAGGUCGAUUACCGGGGGUACGAGGUCACGGUGGAGAACUUUGUCCGGCUGCUGACGGGAAGGAAUGAGAAUGGGACUGCCCGGUCGAAGAGGUUGCUGUCGGAUGCGGGGAGUAACGUACUGAUCUACCUGACGGGGCAUGGUGGCGAUGGGUUUUUGAAGUUCCAGGACUCGGAGGAGAUUACGAACCAGGAGUUGGCGGAUGCGAUUGAACAGAUGUGGCAGAAGCAGCGGUACAACGAGUUGUUCUUCAUGAUUGAUACAUGCCAGGCGGCGUCGAUGUAUGAGAAGUUUUACUCGCCGAACAUUCUGGCGGUGGCCAGUAGUUUGGUGGGGGAGGAUUCGCUUUCGCAUCACGUGGAUCCGGCCAUCGGGGUGUACAUUAUCGAUCGGUACACGUACUACGCGCUGGAGUUUCUGGAGAAGGUCGAGGUCAACAGCAAGAAAACAAUGGGAGAGUUUCUCUCAGUUUGCCCCAAGCGCGUCUGCAUCUCAACGGUCGGCGUUCGGAAGGACUUGUACCCGAAAGACCCCCACAAGGUUCCCAUCACGGACUUUUUUGGCUCGAUCCGCCCUACGGAGAUUUCCUCGAGCGUUGUGAACGUUACCCUUUCCACCAUUCCAGAGGAGCAUUUCACGCCGGAACCGAUCAGCAAACCAAAUCCGGCCCUAUUUUACGAGCAGUUUCCGAGCAAACUGUUUGACUGAUUUCUUCACCCACAUUCACAUUCUAGUCUCAGUAUUCGCGUAACACGAGGAGGUAAGUGCGAUUUUUCGUUUUCAACUGAAUAAAACCAAAGCCAUUGCUCACUGUGAA